ACCUUCAGGCAAAGACCUUGAGAGAUCUCAUUAGUUCUUUUCUGUCCUAGAUUGCUCUAAUCUCAAUUAUGAGUUAAUGUUUGUAUCUGAGUUGGUUAAUGCCAUUCUUCUUUCUAAUUAUUGAUUUUCUGUGCUACUUUGGAUUUUCUUCCUUUUUUCCCACCUCCAGAUCUGUAAUCAUUGAAUUUGAGAAUUCUCUUCCUUUUUGUCAAUUUCUUACCUACAUUGCUUGUUGUCCUUACUUUGCUUGUAACUACAAUAACAUGCUAUACCUUUUUCUUGCCCCCCAUGCUUACCUCUUUCAACUCUCUUGGAAAUAUGUAGAAUGCGUCCUCUUUUUCUGCAAGUGAUAUCCACUGCAAUUACUUCCUUUUUUUUUUUUUUUUUGAGUUUCAAAAAGCCAAGUGAUGUCCUGAAGCCCGAAUGCCAUGUAACAUAACAUUACUUCAUGAUUAUGACAACAGAAGUUAUGAUGUGUAGAGAAGUUACCGCUUUUUAUGUUUUUUUUUCUCUGUUCCUAUUUGCUGAGAAAUUACAACUUUUUUUCUUAUUUUCUCACAGCAUGCGUAUAUGCCUAUUUAAUAAGAUUGAUCCACCAUUUCAAUCAGCAAGCAUGACUUUUAAAAGUUGCUGAUUGAUUUAUUGGUGGAGUUUUCUUAUGUAAGAUACCAUACCUUCAAACAGAGCCAUGCUCUUACAAAUAUAUGUUGCUAUGAAGGCUAUGCCAUGGUACACUCUUCUUCCAACAGUUUCUGAGUACAUGAUUGAAAAUGGCUGGACAAAGUGUUUCUCUAGCAUAUCUGAAAUUGGUUGGUUCGCCUACAUCAUAUAUUUUCCUAUAUAUCUUGUUAUUGUGGAGUUUGGGAUUUACUGGAUGCAUAGAGAAUUGCAUGAUAUAAAACCUCUAUACAAGUAUCUUCAUGCAACCCAUCACAUCUACAACAAACAGAACACUCUAUCUCCAUUUGCUGGUUUGGCAUUUCACCCAGUUGACGGGAUUCUACAAGCUGUACCACAUGUUAUAGCUCUGUUUCUUGUGCCAACCCAUUUUAGAUCGCACGUAGCCCUCUUAUUCAUCGAGGCUAUAUGGACAGCAAACAUCCAUGAUUGCAUCCAUGCCAACCUAUGGCCCGUGAUGGGUGCUGGGUACCACACCAUUCACCAUACCACAUACAAGCAUAAUUACGGCCAUUAUACUAUAUGGAUGGAUUGGAUGCUGGGAACCCUUCGUGACCCAGAGGAUGAUUCAUGCCAGAGAGCGCAGAAGGUGCAAUGACGCCCUUGCUUGUCUUCGCCAAGCUGCUCGUGCAAUUCCCUGUAGUUUGUUGGGUAGACUUGCGUUUUGGUUGGACUGCAUGUAAUGCAUGUGGCCUUUGCAUAUAUUUAUUUCUUUUUUAUGAUUUGUUGUUUCCGUGGGCUCAAAAGGGGACAAUGUUUGAGAGCUCAAGGAUGUUUUCUGCUUGCUUAACUUGCAAUUUAGCCACAAGCUCUGUAAGCCAAUGUUUAGUGUGUCUUUGUUAACGCGGCUCUGUAUGAUGUUGCUGUU